AGCGCUGCAGUACUGGAGCGCUACAGACCUGCAGGCGGCGCUGUGCUGCAGGAUCGGUGAGACACAGCGGGGAGAAUAAGAGCAGCUCAGUAUCAUGGCGGGACUGAUGAAAUUGAAAGGAGGGAGCAGUUUGUUGAGAAUCAGGGAGAGAUUUACUCUGAUUUCUCUACUGUUUAUCCUGCAGUUAUUCCAGCUCUCAUCAGGUGUUAAACGUAACACAAUUGAUGUCAAGGAUGGACAAGAAGUUAAAUUACGUGAACCGCAGCACUUCUGCUACAUCAAUCCGGUUCCAGUUCCUGGAUGGAAGGAAACCUGGAUGAGAAUCCAGGUUCAGGUAUGGAGCUCAAAAGAGCUGAAGGUUACAGUGGUUAACGAUGAGGAGGACCUUGAGGAGCUCGAGCAUUUCAGCAUCUGGGGCCUGGUGCAGUACUUCAUCCGGGAGCGAACAAAUGAAACCACUGUGAGCGUCAGCCUCUUCAGCCCUAAGACGUGUUUCCGGGUGGAUCCUUCAGAUUCCAGAACGUUAUAUACUGUAAAACCGAGCAGAAAAUACGACAUCUUCCUGUUCUUGGUGUUUAUUGCUGGAGUUCUACUGUUCUUCUUUGCAGAUACGCUCAGCAGGAGUCAGCUGUUCUACUACUCAGCAGGAAUGAGUACAGGCCUCAUAGCUUCCCUCAUCAUCCUCAUCUUUGUCCUGGGCCGAUUUUUGCCGAAGAAAAGCUCUUUCUAUGUGCUGAUAGUGGGAGGCUGGUCUUUUGCACUGUACGUAAUCCAGCUAGUGUUUAAAAACCUGCAGGUCAUCCUCAAAGAGCACUGGCACCUGGCCAUAGCCUAUGUUGCAGUUGUCGGCUUCGUCAGCUUUGCAGUAUGCUACCGUCAUGGUCCGCUGGUAGAGGAGCGGAGUAUCAACAUCCUCUCCUGGACGUUGCAGUUAUUUGGCAUGUUGCUGAUUUAUGCUGGUAUUCAGGUUCAGCAGGUGGCACUAGCGAUUAUGGUGGCUGCUUUCUGCUCUAAAAACCUGGAGUACCCAGUGACCAUGGCCAUCACUCUUUACCAGAAGCUGAAGAAAAAGCUGCACUUCAGACCAGAGCCUCGGCGUCUGUUGACAGAGGAGGAGUAUCAGAAACAGGCAGAGGAACAGACGGCGAAAGCUCUGGAGGAGCUGAGGAAGUACUGUGGCAGUCCAGAUUUUAACACAUGGAAGACUGUGUCAAGACUGCAGUCACCCAAGAGGUUUGCAGACUUCGUUGAGGGAUCUCCUCACCUGAUGUCCAAUGAGAUGUCGGUCCAUUGUCAGGAGUACGGAGUAGGAGGGUCAUUCUUCGAGGACGAGCUUUUUGCCACUGAUGAGGAAGAUGAGGAGGAGGAGGAGGAGCAAGAAGGGUGGGAGACGGAGGACGAGAAGCCAAAUAUCAGCUCCCUGCGGAACAGCACACCGAGAAGGAGCUAAAAGUAGAACCUGACUUCAUUCUCUCUCAUGGAACUGAUGAUAAAGAAUGUGAAGACCACUCGUGAAUGUGACGCAGCCCUGCCUGCUUCUGCUGACUCCCAGCUUCAGGCCGAGGUCAACAAGGACUAUAACGAGUGCCAAUUAAACCAGAGACUUCUUGCCACUGUUUUUUGUGACCAGAUCUGAUCAUUGUUUGAAUUUUUUUCCUAUCUUAUUGUCUUUUUCUACAUUUAUUUUCCACUGGAAAAGCAGACCUGAGGUGUUUUUUUUGUUUGUUUGUUUUUUUUGCUGUAAGCAGCGUUUAUUCGAUUGCAUGAAGCCAUAUUUAUAAAUUAAGAGGCUCAUACAGUUCAGUUUUACUUGGAGGAGUUUGUAGGAUGUUGGUCCCACUGUAGGUUUUUGCACACACAUUUUCAUGUUUUUUUAUUUAAUGAAUUUCUUCUGUUUGUUUUAUAUCUGAGUCUAGGUAGGUACCAUCUUUAUUGCUGUUGAUUGCAUAGUUUUGAUUAUUAGUAGGAAAUUUGAGUGACUUGCAUAAAUGUAUUACCUAAAUUGUUUGUCUCAAUUUAUUUUUUAUAAAUAAAAAUGAAAAAGAAA